CGGGGCUCAUACAAGCUUUUUCUCUCAAUAGCUAGACUUUUCAGGGACAGGGAACUGCAAAAAGCCUGGCUCACCAUUAAAAGGUGUGUGUGUGUGUGGGGGGUGUCUCUGCAGACCUUGAGAAUCCCCUCGAGUUCUGUGAAAGGUGGGGAAUUUGGGUGAGGGUCAAACUAUAGAAACAGGUCUCUCAAGAGAAGAAAAGUGAAAGCAGCCCUGGACAGGGAGCCCCGGGUUUGAAUUCCAAAUCUGCCUACGUCGCUGGUGGCGGGCUGGAUGACCUUGGGGAUGCGCCUCCCUUUCUCUGGGCAGCAGUAGGCCCUUUGGUAAUGGGUGGAAGUUGGCCGAGAUCGUCCCUAAGGGCCCUGUUGUGCCGAAGAGGCGGACGAAACUGAGGCGCUGGCGCUGCAAUCGGUUUUCCUGGCAGACCCAACUGUGAUGCUUCCUGACUGAUGAUGUAACAGUGCCAGGAAGCCAGAAGGCUACAUUUUAAGCUGAACAUACCUGAGUUGUUCCCAUCACCAUGGAGACCCGAAAGGAUGAAGUUGUUCAGGCCAAGGGAGCAGCAGCCUCUCUAGACACCCAGGACCAAGGGGCAGAGAAAGGAGGCAAACACAAGGCAGCUGAGACAACAGAAGGACCAGCAUCAGAGCCACCCUCAUCUGGCCCAGGUAGGCUGAAGAAAACUGCCAUGAAACUCUUUGGUGGCAAGAAGGGCAUCUGUACUCUGCCUAGUUUCUUUGGAGGGGGACGGAGCAAAGGUUCUGGGAAAGGCAGUGCCAAGAAGGGUCUUAGCAAGAGCAAGACCCAUGAUGGCCUGAGUGAAGCAGCCUGUAGCCAUGAAGACAUUGUUAGUGAAGGAACUGGCCUCUCCUUUGGCCCCAGACCUUUGUCUGAGUCACCCUGCCAACUUCCCAGUUCCCAGAGUGCCCAUGGGGCUUUGGAGACAGGCUCCAGACGCAAGAUGUCUGUGGCUGGAGCCACAGAGAAAGCUGGGACUGAGAAGGCUCCCUCUGUGACCAAGCCAAAGAAAGGCCUGAAAGGUUUUUUCAGCAGCAUCCGCCGUCACCGGAAGAGUAAGAUCUCUGGGGCUGAGCAAAGUGAACCAGGGGCCAAGGGGCCUGAAGGGGCCCGAGCAAGGCCUCAUGAGCAUAUGAGCUCAGCUCUUCUGUCCCAUGCUGAGGAAACCCUCCAAGCCCCAAGAAAGGAAAAUGCCAAUCCCCAAGAUGCCCCUGGGUCAAAAGUUUCUUCAGCACCAGAGACUUCUCCAGCAGCCAUGGAGAAGACAGCUUGUAAAGAUCCAGAAAAACCCACGGAGGUAUGUACCUCAGCCCUCCUGCAACCUAAGCCUGUCCCUGAAGCCAAUGGCCUAGAGGACCCCCACAGCCCAGAAACAGGGGAGAAGGUGGUGGUAGGAGAGAUAAAUCCACCCAAUGGCCCUGUGGGGGACCAGCUGAGCCUCCUGUUUGGAGAUGUCACAUCUCUGAAAAGUUUUGACUCACUGACAGGUUGUGGUGACAUCAUAGCAGAACAGGACAUGGACAGUAUGACAGACAGCAUGGCCUCUGGAGGCCAAAGGGCCAAUCGAGAUGGGACUAAGCGGAGUUCCUGCUUGGUUACCUACCAAGGAGGUGGGGAGGAAAUGGCCUUGCCAGAUGAGGAUGACGAGGAAGAAGAGGAGGAAGAGGAGGUGGAAUUAGAAGAGGAAGGAAAGGAAGUCAAGGCGGAAGAAGAUGAUGACUUAGAAUAUCUAUGGGCAAGUGCUCAGAUGUACCCAAGACCCGAUCUGAAUCUGGGUUACCAUCCCACCACCUCCCCAGGCCACCACAGCUACAUGCUCUUUGACCCAGUUCAGCCUUAUCCUGGUCUAGCUCCUGGGGACCUUUUGACUCCUCAGAGUGACCAGCAAGAGUCUGCUCCCAAUAGUGAUGAGGGUUAUUAUGACUCCACCACACCUGGAUUUGAGGAUGAUUCAGGUGAGACCCUGGGGCUUGUCCGCAGGGAUUGCCUGCCCCGAGACAGCUAUAGUGGAGAUGCCCUCUAUGAAUUCUAUGAGCCAGAUGACAGUCUUGAGAACUCCCCACCUGGGGAUGACUGCCUUUAUGACCUCCACGGUCACAGCUCUGAGAUAUUUGACCCCUUCUUGAACUUUGAGCCCUUUUCUUCCUCUCGGCCACCUGGAGCAAUGGAGACAGAAGAAGAACGGCUAGUGACCAUCCAGAAGCAAUUGUUGUAUUGGGAGCUUCGGCGGGAGCAGCUUGAGGCCCGAGAGGCCCGGGAGGCACGUGCCCGAGAGGCUCACACCAGGGAGGCCCAUGCCCGAGAGGGCCAUACCCAGGAAGCUCAUGUCAGAGAGGCCCGAGUGCAAGAGUCCUGUACCAGAGAGGCCUGUGCUAGGGAGGCUCAGGCCCGAGAGGCUUGUGCUCGAGAGGCCCAAGUCCGAGAGGUCCAGGCACGGCAAGAGAAGCCCAUCAUGGAGUAUCAGAUGAGGCCCUUAGGCCCAUCAGUGAUGGGCCUGGUGGUAGGGGCAUCAGGGGCUUCUCAGACUUCCCACCGGGGAACCACGUCAGCUUUUCCUGCCACUUCGAGCAGCGAGCCAGACUGGAGGGACUUCCGUCCUCUGGAGAAACGUUUUGAGGGAACCUGCUCCAAGAAGGAUCAAAGUACCUGCCUGAUGCAGCUCUUCCAGAGUGACGCUAUGUUUGAACCAGAUAUGCAAGAGGCAAAUUUUGGAGGAUCUCCCAGAAGGGCCUACCCUACUUAUUCACCCCCUGAGGAGCCAGAGGAAGAGGAGGUUGAGAAGGAAGGGAAUGCCACUGUGAGUUUCUCGCAAGCCCUUGUGGAGUUCACCAGCAAUGGGAACCUCUUCUCCAGCAUGUCCUGCAGCUCUGAUUCUGACUCAUCCUUCACUCAAAACCUCCCACAACUGCCUCCCAUGGUGACCUUUGACAUCGCUGAUGUGGAAAGGGAUGGAGAAGGCAAAUGUGAAGAGAAUCCAGAAUUCCACAAUGACGAUGACCUUGCAGUCUCCUUGGAAGCUUUUGAGCUGGGCUACUACCAGAAACACACCUUCAACAACUAUCGCAGCCGAUUCUACCAAGGUCUGCCCUGGGGUGUGAGCAGUCUCCCUCGAUACUUAGGACUGCCUGGCAUGUACCCUCGACCUCCACCUGCCGCCAUGGCCCUCAACAGGAGGAGCCGCUCCCUUGACACUGCAGAGACCCUGGAGCUAGAGCUCUCCAAUUCCCACCUGGCCCAGGGCUACAUGGAGUCCGAUGAGCUUCAGGCUCAGCAAGAAGAUUCAGAUGAAGAAGAAGAGGAGGAAGAAUGGGACCGAGACAGUCCCUUGUCCCUCUAUACUGAACCUCCAGGGGCCUACGACUGGCCUUCCUGGGCUCCCUGUCCUCUCCCAGUGGGGCCAGGCCCUGCCUGGAUAAAUACCAGCCAGUUGGAUGGGCCUUCCAGCCAGUCUCCAUAUGGGCAGGCAGCCUGUUGUAUACCUCCUGUGGCUAUGUCAGUAUUGCUGUCAGUACCAGGGCCAGAGCCAAGGGCACCUGGGGAAUCCAGGCCUCAACUAGCUCGGCCUUCGCAUCUACCCCUGCCCAUGGGCCCUUGUUAUAACCUCCAGCCACAUGCCUCCCAGAGUGUGAGGGCCAGGCCUCGAGAUGUGCUGCUGCCUGUUGAUGAGCCCAGUUGCUCCUCCAGUUCUGGAGGUUUCAGCCCCAGCCCUCUGCCCCAGUCCAAGCCUGUGGGCAUCACCCAUGGCAUCCCUCAGCUGCCCAGGGUCCGGCCUCAGCCCAUUCACUAUGGGGCUUCCAGCCUUGACCUGUCAAAGGAGAGGGCUGAGCAAGGUGCCUCUCUCCCCACCAGCUACUCCUCCACUGCCAUGAAUGGAAACCUAGCUGAGUAAUCAUCAUUAAUUUUGGAGUGGGGGCAUGGGGCCUGAGCAUGUGAA